GCUUCUCUCCAUCCUAUCCUGACCCCCAUCCUCUGCUACAACACGAUUCUGCUAGUAUCAUAGUGUAUCCAAAGUGUUGGUUUUUAUUCCCCAGCGGAUAAGACAAAUCGCUCCCUAUCGGGGCGGCUCGGCUGGCAGACAAGCGAACGAACGAACUAACUCACACACUUCCCCAAUCCAUUCAUCCAUCCAUCACAUCAUAUUACACCUUGAAGCACUGCUUUUCUUUUCUUUUCUUUUUUUCCUACUCUUAUUUCUCGACAAAGGUACGUCGGUGAACUCUCUCUCUUUGUUUUUGUCCCGUUUAACUUAUCGUUUUCGCGGAAUCCUCAUCCCUUCCUUGUCUAUACUCUUGGACAUUUCCGCCUCUCUAUCUACCUACCCGACCACCCACGAGAGCGAGGUAGCUGUUUUACCCUUUUUUCUUCUUCAUCAUUUAUUUUUUUCAUCUCGGUUCAAUCUUUAUACCCGCAUGUUUGCUAAGGUAGAAAGCAUUGGAUUCGAGUUUUACUCUUCUUUUCCUUCUUUCCAUCCUCCUCAUCUAUACGACUCCCCUCCCCAUUUGGCGUCUUUGGGUGUUGGCUAGACCUUCUCGUUGGCAACGACAAGCAUCUGGUUUUUGGGCUCCGGAGACAUCAUCGGUUUACUUCUGUCCUUCUGUGACCCUACCCAACCUAUCUCCCAAUACCUACUUGCUAUCUAUCUACCUCCCACCCAUCUGCCUACCUGCCUCCAUACCUACCUCCCCCAUCUCCCAAUAAUCCUCCUAAAACAAAACAUCCCCUCGAUCAGACAUAAACCUCUACCGAGCACGCCACCACGGCUUACGUUGCCAUAGCUAGAAUUCACCUCCUUUCACGUCAAUCCAAUUGCUUCCAUCUCUUUCUAUAUCCCUCUCGCUAUUCAUCCCGCAGCAACGCAGCAUCUCAAUUGACGAUCUAUUAGCCGAACAUUUUCGUCUCGUUGUAACGAAUCCUGUAUUCCUGCUUUUUCUUCCCCUUCCCUUCGCCCUACACCUCAGCCUCACGUAUCACCGACGAUAACGUUACGACAAAUUCGCCUUCCGUUGCGAUAUAAAAGUCAUAAAGGGGUUUUCAAACGUCCAAAAGCAGUGCCGUCUGUCGCGAACCCUCGGGUCCGGUUCAUCAAGUUUACAUUGCUGUCCCUGACAUCAGUUGGGUUAAUUGAUUGAAUUAAACGGCUCUUGACCUUUCGGUUGGUGUUAAGAUGGCGACUCGAAUGACAUUGUACAAGUUAGUUGUAUUAGGGGACGGAGGAGUGGGGAAAACCGCCUUGACGAUACAGCUUUGUCUGAAUCACUUUGUCGAGACGUACGACCCUACAAUCGAAGAUUCCUAUCGGAAGCAGGUAGUCAUCGAUAACACUGCCUGCAUGUUGGAAGUACUAGAUACCGCUGGUCAGGAAGAGUACACAGCGCUCAGGGAUCAAUGGAUCAGGGAUGGCGAAGGAUUUGUGCUUGUAUACAGCAUCUCCUCCCGAUCAAGCUUUACCAGGAUACCACGAUUUCACGGGCAAAUAUUACGGGUGAAGGAAUCUUCAGCGACUGGUGGAAAUUACUCCGCUAACAAUAAUGUUCCGAUAAUGCUUGUGGGCAACAAAUCCGACAGGGUCACUGAACGAGAAGUCUCGACACAGGAAGGCCAUGCGAUGGCUAGGGACCUUGGAUGUGAAUUUGUUGAGGCUUCCGCGAAGAAUUGCGUGAAUGUCGAGCGGGCGUUUUACGAUGUUGUGAGGAUUCUCCGAAGACAGCGACAAAUCAUUGCGAAGAGGACUCAAGGCCCUGGCAUCAAUGACGGAAAUGAACCUCAAAGUGGCAGACCCGGUGGCAAGAACAGGAGAGGUCCUGGAAGGGGGAGGAAGCCUGUUUGUAUCAUUCUGUGAACGUGUUUCGCUUAGUAGCUAAUGGGUACCUCUCUUCUACCUUUUUGUUAUUUCCCAUAGCUCGAGGUGAGUCUUACAAACACUUGAACAAUAUGGAACACUUUGUUCACAUUUCAUCUUGAUUUUCUUUGCAAAUGGGAGGGUAUGUUACGUAUGAAGUUACUAUUUUUUUAUAUCUUUUCUCCCUUUUUAUUUUCACGUCAAUUUUUACUUUUUUUUUUUUUUUUCAUUCUCACGCUGUCCUUAUUGAAACCUGGCGUCACGAUUUAUGCUUGUCGGGGUUUUUUUAUUGUUCCAUGCUCGGUGUUGAGAUUGGUUCUUUUUGUCUACUUUUUACUACUAUAUUUAGGGAGAAAAAAGCCUUUUUUUCAUUUUG